UACUGUUGGACAAGAGUUUAAGAAAUAUACCAUAUAUAUAUGCUAUGAUUAUGAUACAUCCAAAUGCCCAAUUUCCGGUCGAAGAAAUUAGAAAAUGAUAGCCACGCUGGUAAGGUUCCCUCCAAAUCGAAUGAGCUUGUGCUCGCAGAAGAAGAAUAAGAAGAAAAACAUCAACGAAAACAAAACUUGGAAACAGAGAAGGUUGGAAAGCCAAGAAAGAAGAAACGGUCUUUCCUUCCCAAAGCCCAAAUCAACCCCACUCCUUAUCCAUCACCGUCCUCAUCCCAAAACUAAAUUGGAAGCACUUGAACAAGUCGUCAAAGACCUUGAAGCCUCUGUUGAAAAGGGCAUCAAAAUUGACCCGGAAAUCUAUGCCUCUCUGUUAGAAACCUGCUAUCGCUUCCAAGCCAUUCUUCACGGUAUCCGAGUCCAUCGCCUUAUCCCAACAUCCCUGUUGCAUAAAAAUGUCGGCAUUUCCUCUAAGCUUCUUAGGUUGUAUGCUUCGUGUGGUUAUCUGGAUGAUGCCCACGACCUGUUUGAUCAAAUGGCUAAGAGGGAUACGUCUGCAUUUCCCUGGAAUUCACUCAUCUCAGGAUAUGCUCAAGUGGGCCACUACGAUGAGGCCAUUGCACUCUACUUCCAAAUGGUGGAAGAGGGUGUGGAAGCCGACUUGUUCACUUUCCCUAGGGUUCUCAAAGUUUGCGCAGGAAUUGGGUCUGUUCAAGUGGGGGAAGAGGUGCAUCGCCAUGCGAUUCGUGCUGGCUUUGCCGCUGAUGGGUUUAUCCUCAAUGCACUUGUUGACAUGUAUUCUAAGUGCGGUGACAUUGUAAAGGCUCGAAAGGUCUUUGAUAAGAUGCCUCAUAGAGACCCUGUUUCGUGGAAUUCAAUGCUCACAGCUUAUGUUCAUCACGGCCUCGAGGUUCAGGCAAUGAACAUUUUCCGCCAAAUGCUUUUAGAAGGGUGUGAACCUGACUCUGUUAGCAUAUCCACUGUUCUUACAGGGGUGUCAUCACUAGGUCUUGGGGUCCAAAUUCAUGGAUGGGUAAUCAGUCAAGGACAUGAAUGGAACUUGUCCAUAGCUAAUUCCUUGAUCAUGAUGUACUCCAAUCAUGGUAGGUUAGAAAAGGCACGUUGGGUAUUCAAUCUAAUGCCAGAGAGGGAUGUUGUUUCGUGGAAUUCUAUAAUAUCUGCACAUUGCAAACGUCGAGAAGCCCUUGCUUUUUUUGAGCAAAUGGAGGGAGCUGGUGUUCAGCCUGAUAAAAUAACAUUCGUUUCAAUAUUAUCAGCUUGUGCCUACUUAGGUUUGUUGAAGGAUGGAGAGAGAUUGUUUGCCCUAAUGUGUGGAAAAUAUAAAAUAAAACCAAUUAUGGAACAUUAUGGUUGUAUGGUUAACCUUUAUGGAAGAGCAGGACUGAUUAAAAAGGCUUAUAGCAUCAUAGUCGAUGGAAUUGGCACUGAGGCUGCUGGUCCAACUCUGUGGGGAGCUUUAUUAUAUGCCUGCUUUAUGCACGGAGACGCAACUAUAGGGGAGAUUGCUGCAAACUGGCUUUUUGAUUUAGAGCCAGACAAUGAGCAUAAUUUUGUACUUCUUAUGAGGAUUUAUGAAAAUGCAGGCAGAUUAGAGGACAUGGAGAGAGUUAGAAUGAUGCUGGUUGACAGAGGAUUGGAUUAUUAGACAGCUGUACAUCCAAAGACUUGUCACCACUAGUACAACCUAUGUGUUUUCUCUUGAUUCAUUCAGUUUCCAUUUUGUCCCACAAAAUGUGAUUACAAUGAACAUUAUUUGAUGUACAGCAUCAGCACAUAACUUGCUUGAUCAAAUUCUAAGUUGGCAUUGUCUUCCUUCCUCUCUGCCAUCAUAUACCAGAAAAUAUAGUAUUGUUUUUUUUCACAUGUAA